AUGGUUGCCAUCAACGGAACCUACGAUGUGAUGCUAGUGCCUCUCCUGAUGCCGAUAGCCCAGAUCCUCAACUUGCUCCCUCGCAAAGUGCGCGAUAUCGAGCCUUCGCCUCUCAUUCCGUUCACACAUGGCCAGAUCCAGGCCCUUGGGCUCAGCCCCAGUGAAUACAAUGCUGGCGUCAACCACCCCGUCAUGCUCGAAUUGGGAUACCAGAACCACACUGGUCCCGGACCACGUUUGUUCCGACCCAGCUUUGACGAGGCCAAACUCGAAGUCCUCGGCAUGCGUCACCCUUCACUAGCGGGUCAACAGCCCAAUGCCGCAGAAAAGGGCUUCGUCUUCAAGCAGUUCAUUCUGUUCUCCAACUUUGUUCUGUCCACUUCUUCAAGCUUGAUCGCAGGGCUUAGGAGUAGUCUGGUGACCAUCACCCCAGCAAAGUCACCUUCGAUCUAUCAAGAUGACGAAGCAAACAUCUUAUACAAUGUGAAGAACUACAUCGAAUCCAAUUUUGCCAAAGAUGGCGUACAGGGUUCAUCAGCAAACAACGGAGCGGUACAGUGGGCUGGUAGACCUUGGUACGGUUGGGCAACAGGUGAUACUUUGACACAGUUCGUCUUUGAUUUGGACCAGGCGAAGAUUCCCCCAGUGCCGUACAAGGCAGAGGUGCGGGUAAAGGUUCCUUCGUUCUAUGAUCCUAGCGUGGCAGCAAAGGCAGCAGAGGUCACGCCGGAAUGGAGCGAGUUUGAUGGAGUGGCUAGUUGGAGGUUCCAGGCUGAUUAUCAGAGUCGGGAUACCAAGGCUGCUGAUGCCAGCUAG